CGAGCACAUUCAUGACUGAACUCGAAACUCUAAUCUUAAAACUGGUAUUGAGAAACAUGGAAAAAGAGUCUCUUUAUAAGUGAUCUUAGUUUAGUCUUUUGUUACACACGAGAAGUGAUCUACUUUUGCUCCACCAUAUUUGUGCUUCAUCUUCAGUUAAAAUUUUGUAAUUCUGCUUCUAAAUUAACUUAUUUUACUUUUAUUAUACUUAUCAAAGAUAUAUUUUUUUGAAGUGAAAUGAAUCAAGAGAAUAGUAAUUCUGAUAAAAUUACAAUAAAAGUAAGGCAUUCGGAUGAGGAUUAUCAUGACAUUACAAUUGAUUGGUCAAAUGAAAGUUUUGAUUACAGGAAACAAUUGUUCCAUCAGCUAUCUGCAUACACAGGCAUACCGAUUAAACAACAAUCUGAUGUACACGUGGUUCAUGUAAAUCCUCAUCGCAACGCCGAUAUGCUAAAUGCUGAACACGACGAAACAGGAUUUUUUAACGCUCGUUACGCUUGGCAAUACGAUACCAAAGAGCUUGCAAUGAGCGCUUUUCAUGAUGGCGAUUGUUUUCUACUUGAAACGAGAAUGCAUGUAGAUGAUAUAGUUCCUGGUAUAAGUUGCUCGUAUCAAUUGGUGCAUCGUGAUGUGGCUAAUGAAUCUGGAUGUAACCUUCAAUAUUGCCAUUAUUUGGGUAGACGAUCUUUUACUAGCAAAAUUUCAGAGAUCAUAAAAGCAGACCAAUCGCAACCCAUUCUGGAUCCAAUGGUCAAUGGACAAACAGAAGAGGAAAGGAAACGCAUCAGAUUAGCUUUGUAUGAUGAUCAUCUCAGGGAGAUAAUCAGCAAUGCAGACGCUCAUUCUGUCCCACAAGACUGUGAAAUAAAGUACCAAGCUAAGAGUGCUUCUCGAUACCUGGAUUAUAAAUAAUAAUUGUUCUCGUUACCGUGGUUAACCUUAAUUUCUUUGUAUUUUUCAUUUUGUCUCAAAAUUGAUUGCUUUACCGUGCAAAAAUCCAAUCUUAUU